AUGACCAUUCGCCUAGCAACACCCGCCGAUGAGCCCGCCAUGGCAUCUCUUCUGGCCAAAGCAUUCUUCGGUGAAUCGCUCUUCGGCCAGACUCUGCAUCCUUACCGUGAUCAGUACCCAGACGACGUCAAGAUAUUCUGGUCCGAGUACCUACGGGAGCACUGGAAGACACCCAACGCGAGACUUUUAGCUGCAACGACGACGGUAGAUGGGGAAGAAAAGAUUGCUGGUGCAGCUAUCUGGAAAAGAGAUGGUGAUGACGAGGGGAAGCGACCGGAUGCUUUCCAGCCUCUGCCUCCAACAACAAAUCGCGCUCUCGAUCCUACCAAGCGCAAUAUCUUGGAAGAAACUUUCCCUUACUUCAAGCAUCACUGGAACGGCGACCGCAGAAACAACUGGUAUCUCGAUAUCUUGGGUGUUCACCCAGACUAUGCUGGCAAGUCGCUCGGGCGAGAACUAGUUAAAUGGGGGCUUGACCGCGCAAAAGAAGAAGACGUCCAUGCGAGCGUUGCGGCUAGCAAGGGGAACGAGCGAUUCUAUCAACGAUGUGGAUAUCAGGAGAUCGUAGGAAACUGUACGGAAGGAGAGGGCAACCCGCUCAAGAAUGCCGGAGUUGAAGGUGGAGAUAUUCUUUUCAUGUUCCCUAAACAGAAGCAGGAAUCUGCUGCCUCGUUGGCAUCGUGCGGAAGAACCUCUGUCAUCUCUCGACUUCCUACAAUUAUGAGGCGCUCAUCUCCUGUCUUGGUGUCUCUUGCAGCACUAACUACAAGCCAUAUCAUUCCUCGUCAAGAAUCUAUUGAUUACAAUGCUGCUCCACCGAAUCUCUCCACUCUAGCUAAUGCGUCGCUGUUCGACACAUGGCGGCCGAAAGCACACGUUCUCCCGGCGUUUGGACAGAUUGGAGAUCCGUGUAUGCACUACACGGAUCCUGAGACCGGCCUCUUCCACGUGGGAUACCUACAUCUAGGCGCAUCAGGCGCGACUACAGACGACUUGGUUACAUACAAUGACCUGAACCCCAACUCCGAGCCUUUCAUCCGCGCUGGCGGCAUCAACGAUCCCGUUGCUGUUUUUGACGGCAGCGUGAUUGAAAGAGGAGUCAAUGGCACACCGACUUUGCUGUACACCAGCGUCAGCUUCCUGCCAAUCCAAUGGACGAUCCGGUAUACCAAAGGAAGCGAGACACAAUCACUCGCCUUUGCUACGGACGGUGGCCGCAACUUCACAAAAGCAGAGUUCGGCCCUGUCAUCCCUGACGCGCCAUUUGCUGUCAACGUCACCGGCUUCCGCGAUCCCUUCGUGUUCCAGAACUCGCAGGUCGAUGGUUUGUUGGGCAAGCGGGAUGGAACGUGGUAUACGGUCAUCUCGGGCGGAGUACAUGGCAAGGGUCCCAGCCUCUUCCUGUACGCUCAAUACGAUGACGAAGACAGAGACUUGUUCCAAACCUGGGAGUACUUGGGCGAGUGGUGGCAUGAAGCGGCGAACUCGACUUGGACCGAUGAGGGCUGGGCUGGACGCUGGGGCUACAACUUUGAAGUCGCCAACUACUUUGCUUUGGACGAGCAAGGUGCUAACCCAGAAGGCGAGAUCUUCGUCACAAUAGGCGCGGAAUGGAGUUACGAGCCCAUUGUGCCCCAAGUCUCAGACAACAGGGAGAUGCUCUGGGCUGCCGGAAAGCAAGAGCUUGUUGACGGUAAACUGACUUUCGAACCUACGAUGGCUGGACGACUCGAUGCUGGGCGGUCCGCGUACGCUGCUGCGGGCAAGGUCCUCCCUGCGGACUCACAAGCUAGCAAAGCAAGCGGUGCUCCGGAUCGGUUCAUCACAUACCUCUGGCUAACAGGCGACUUCUACGGCACCUUGACCAAUGAGUUCCCAACUCCACAGCAAAACUGGACAGGAUCCCUACUCCUUCCACGUGAACUCAGCGUCGGCUACCUAAACGUCGUCGACAACGAGCUCUCCCGAGAGCAAGGUGCAUGGAGAGUAGAUUGCGAAAACGACAACGGAACGGUCACGCUCGCAACUCUCCACCAGAAGAUCGCCCGGGAACCUUACGCCGCCUUCCAAGACAAUGCUACGAACACCAUAGCCCAAUCCGGCGGAUCCAUGGCAAACGUAACGAAAUUCACCGAAAGCCCAAAGUCAAAACAUUACAUGCUCACCGCCUCCAUCACCUUCCCCUCUCGCUCUGACGACGUACGUGCGGGCUUUACCAUCCUAUCCGGACCCCAAGAAUCCACAAACAUCUACUACCAAUUCGGCAACGAAAGCAUGAUCAUCGACCGUUCGAACUCUUCGGCCGCGGCACAGACUACGAACGGUAUCCCCACGGACAAUGAGUCGGGGAAGUUCCGUUUGUUUGAUGUUGCAGGCGGACAUGGAAAUGAGACCAUGGUUGAGACGCUGGAUUUGACGAUUGUGGUGGAUGGUGGUGUUGUUGAGGUACAUGCUAAUGAUCGGUUUGCGAUUAGCACCUGGGUGAGGAGUUGGUAUGGGGAUAGUACGAAUAUUAGUUUCUUUGUGGAGGGUGGGGAGGUGGUGUUUGGUGAUGUGACGGUUUAUGAGGGUUUGGUUGAUGCGUGGCCGCAGAGGAGCUAG